GAUAUGGCAGACGUGUCUAACAUGGUUCCACUUAAAGAUAUUUCUGCAAAAUGUGACAGAGUUUGCAUUUUCGGUACUGGUGAUUUUGGCAGAUCUCUUGGAUACAGAUUUCUCCAGGCUGGUUACAAUGUUGUAUAUGGUAGCCGAGGUCAAAGUAAUUAUGGCCUUCUUCCAAAGGGAUCCGAGGUUUUAGGUCAUGCUGAGGCUGCAGAGAAAUGUGAUAUUAUCAUUUUGGCCAUUCAUAGGGAACAAUAUGGCUUUCUGUCAUCACUUUCUCACAUUUUAGAAAGAAAAGUAUUGGUGGACGUAAGCAACAAUCUGAAGAUGAAUCAGUAUCCCGAAUCCAAUGCACAGUACCUUGCACAACUGUUGCCUAAAGCCAUAGUUGUCAAAGCAUUUAAUACGGUCUCAGCUUGGGCUCUACAGUCUGGAACACUAGAUGCCAGUAGACAGGUAUUCGUUUGUGGUGAUGAUGCCGAGUCCAAAGAGCGUGUGAUGGAUAUUGCCCGCAGGCUUGGCCUAACACCUUUGGACCAGGGAUAUCUUUUGGCAGCAACUGAGCUGGAAAAUUACCCUUUGCAGUUGUUUCCACUGUGGAGGUUACCUUUCUACAUUGCAGUUGGGCUAACUGCCUUCAUAUUCUUCUACAGUGUGUUAACUGAUGUGAUCUAUAGAUAUGUUACUGAACACGUAGAUAUAUCAUUCCGAAUUGCAGUUUCUCUGGCAAAUCGCGUAUUCCCAGUGGUGUCUCUAAUACUUCUGGGCAGUGUUUACCUGCCUGGAGUAAUUGCUGCCUAUUUACAGUUGCACAGAAAAACAAAGUAUAGACGUUUCCCUAGUUGGCUUGAUCGCUGGAUGUUGUGUCGUAAACAACUUGGCCUUGUUGCUUUGGGCUUCGCAUUUCUUCAUGUUUUCUAUACUCUUAUCAUUCCAAACAGAUACUAUGUACAGAAUAAGCGGAAUAAUUUUAUUCUUUCAAAGAUAAAAAAUAAUGAAACAUUUCAGUUUGAUACUACCGUAGCAUGGCGCCAUGACAUGUAUAUGUCUUUGGGCAUCCUAGGAUUUGGCCUGUAUGUCUUGCUGGGUAUUACUUCCUUACCAUCUGUGAGCAAUGCUGUCAAUUGGAGAGAGUUCCGCUUUGUACAGUCCAAAUUGGGGUUUGUUACAUUGAUGCUCUGCACUGGACAUGUUCUGUUGUAUGGAUGGAACAAAUUCCUCUACAGUUCCCGCUACAACUGGUAUCUACCUCCAGCCUACAUGCUAUCUCUUGUGAUCCCUUGCACUGUGCUUGUCCUAAAGUUCUUUCUUAUGACUCCAUGCAUUGACAGAAAACUUACAAAAAUUCGCCAAGGAUGGGAAGGAAAUGUUAAGCACAAACCGUCUCAACGUUACAAGGAUUCUUCACUUGUAUAGGGAAUUCAAACAAAAGCAUUGUUAAUGUUUCACUACAGAUAUUCAUUUACUACAUCAGUUUAGAUAAUGAAUUUUUGGCAUUCUGCUACAUUUUUUUUCCGUUUUUACUUGUCAAGACAGUUUAUAAUGAAUUUACUGCAUUAUGCUGGAACACUUUAUUGCAUUACAGAAACAGAUGAGUGUGUUUCAUAACAGAAGUCUGAAUUGUCACAAAUGGCAACAGCCUGUAGAAGAUAUGAUAACAAAUCUGAUCAGCAUACAGUCAGAGUAUCAUGAUGAACUAUAAUGAUGAAGACAAGUGAAGAAAAGUUCAUUUUAAUGUUACCAGUUUUCACAUGGUUCCUUUGUCUUUGUACUUCAGAGAUUUGCUGGGAGGCUUGCAUUCUACUUGCUGUCCUUAUAUUAUCAUUUACACUGCUGCCCUGUGUUUUUUGUAAGUGCUACUGUAUUUUCAGUAUGGAACUUAGUCUUUCAUUUACCUGUUGUGUGGACUUAACCUGUGUAAAAUUUCUUUCUGUUUGAAAUUUAUUUGGUGGUAUAAAUGAACAUUUAUGAAAGUUUGAUCUGAAGUUGUACAAAUGAUAAUCUGCCCACACAUACCAGUGUAUAUCCCGCAAAAGUCAACAUUAGAGUUUUGCUGUUAUUUAUUCCCUGACCAUGCCUUUCUCUUUCUCUCUCUAGAACUCUUUCUGAAAGAUAUCUCUGUUUAAUAUUUUUUCCUGCUGUAAAGAGGUCUUUAUACUUUUUCUAUAGUAUAUUACACCAUACCUGAAGUUUUACGGAAACAUGUUUAUGAAUCUCUGCCAGUGACAUUUUCCUGUCAGGUUUAGGUAAGUCGUUUAGUAUCAGAGUGAGAGUAUACACCUGCUAAAAGGCAUAUACAAUCAAAGAGAAUUUGAAACAGGCUAGACUGUGCCGCAUUUGGAGUGUUAUGUUUUCUUCUGUUUUAUGAAUGCCAUGCUGAAGAAUUACCAUGAGGACUGUAAAAGGCCUAAAAGAAGGUUGAUGUGCAGAAAAGAAGUAACAUGUACAAGAAAAAUGUAGACCUUUUUAAAUUUAGCAAGGAACAGUAUUAUUUUUAAUCUUUUUACAUACACUGGAGAAUAAAUACUUGAACUGGUCUGUGUAUGCAGAGCUACAGUUCACAGCAUAAAACUCUAGUGAAGACAGAUUAGUGGAGUAAUGUGUUACAUCACUAUAUAUAUAGUGUUGCCACUGGAGUGGUCAUUUCUCACUUGUCCAAGGCCUAUAUUGUGGCAAACUGUGCUGUAUUUCUAGCUUUGUUUAUUGUAUUUAUUUUCCUCAGAACUCACUACAGCAAGUUUUUAGCUGCCUUCUUAGCAGUUUUCUUUUGGCUAUGCUUAACAGAGUGUUGUAAGAUCUAAAUAUGCGUGAUAAUUGGAGUAUAAAAUAAUUUAACUUAAGCUAAUUACUUUACUUGACUUCUACCAAUAAACAGAGAUUACAGUUGAGUAUAACACACCUAA